UCCUUGGUCAUCAGUCCGAAUCGAGAGCUCAUCGAGAGAUGCCGCACUUGCAGCACAUCGAGCGGGAUAUUCCCCUCAACUGGACCUUGAAUCCCAUUCGGAUCUCGAGUAGUCUCGCCGUAAAUACUCUUUCUUUGUAUCGAAAGAUAUCGCAGAACAUGUGGCGCUGUUGCCUCCAGUUUUGCAACAGUCCCAUGUUCCAACGAUAUGUUAGAUUCCUCGAGUCCAGUCUCUGCCAGUUUUAAAGAGCAAUGAUCCAAGAAAAUGCGCCGUCGACUCGUCUUUCAACCGAUUGCUUCUGAUUUGCAAUCUUGGCACGUUGACGAUGCCAAAAUGUGUUAGCUGAAUUAAUUAUAGCGAAACGCACAGAGGCAGUCAGCGAUCUCGUUCUGAGAGGAGUAAUCGCUUUGUUGUGACUGCAGAGUGCAUAAAUACAGCAUUUUGUGGCACUAACUAAUUGGGAUUGGGGCAUUUCCAAACCGGUGGCUGGGGAAACUACCCUUACCGCGGCAAUUCCACAUUCUAAUCGCCAGCUGGGGGAAAACACCCACACCCUCGCUUGGAGCUGCAAUAAAUUCCGCUCGCUAUCAAGCUGAGCGUUCAGUAACGUUUCAAAGCCAGA